UGGGAGUAUUCACGCUAAACUGCUGCGCGGCGGGAGCAGCGGCCAGAAGUCGUACUUGGCGGAAUUGGCGCGCAGAAAAAAAAAGAUGUUGCGGACUGGAAUCAAUAAAACAUAUCCUACUAAUUUUUUUUAAUGACGUUUGAAAUAUUCCUAUGUUUUUACAAGGCAAUGCAUUUGAAUUAAUGAAAGCACUGAAAGGGAUAGAAGUGAAUGUUAUUAAAUUAAAUAGGAACAAAUUAGAUUCAAGUAAUCUAAAAGUGAUUUUCCAAGCUAAAAACAUAGACUGGUGUUAGAUUUCUGAGCUAAUAUCUCUCACAGAACCUUGUAUCUUGUGUAAAGACAGAAUGAAAACACCGGCUGUUUAUUAUGUUGUGCUGGUACGGUGUCAUGUUAUGCAAUAUCUGUCACCCCACGGUGGGCGUGACCACGUGACUAUAAGCCUCGUUACGAUCAUCUAUUUAACCAGCACUCUGAUUAACCACUGUUGCGAAGUAUCGUUGCUCUCAUGCGCUCUACUAAGCAUUCUUCAUCUCUUGUCUUUUGUGAAACGUCAUCUGUCCUGCCCGACCUGCCUGUCCGCCUCGUCUUCCUGAUCCCUGCCCUGCUUCAUCUGUGUUUCCCGGUGUGCCUGUCUUCCCGUCCUGCGUCUCCCCGUAGGAUUGACCUCUCCGGCUCACGACCCUCUGCCUGCCUUCUCGACCAUCGCUUGUUGCAUGCCCCUUUGGACUUGUCUCUUGUUCGGUGUCCCAAUAAACCUCUGGGCCUCCUGCAUCUGGGUUCAGUCUGUUCUGUUCUUCCCGGACGUGACAAUAUACAAAGAAUAUCUGAUUUUGAUAAUAGAUAUUAUUGUUUUCUCGAUUUAAUGGCGCCCUCUAAAGACCAUACGCAUUAUGCAGGAAACUCCUCGGACUAUUCCUAGUUCAUUAUCAAACUAGCAAUUACCUGUAAGAGUCUAUCCUAUAGAAGACAUCCGAUCCGAGUGAUACCGCCCCCUAAAUUUAAUAAAUGCUGAAUCAUUUUGGAAAGGGUGCUGGAGAAAGAGUGGUGAAUUUGACGUACGCCUAUAGCAGGAUUAAGACUACAGCUUCUUGUGCGCCCAUUACACAAUGUCUGUGGGACUGGGGAGCGUCCUGCUGCUUGUAGCGGCUGCCUGCAUCGUGGGCGUUGAAUGUUAUCCUAAUGGGCAGGUGACAAUGGCCUGCGCCAGCAUGAUGCCAAAUCAUGGCCAAACAGCCAGUUCUAAUUCGCCCAGCCCAUACGCGGUUACUGUGGAUAAGACUACGUUCAGCCCAGGAGACAAAAUUAAAGUAACUCUUACGUCAUCUGCGACGUUUAUGGGCUUCUUAAUCCAGGCUCGUGCCACCACACAGCUCAGCGGGAAUCCGGUCGGCACCUUCACUCUCCUGAAUCCUUCGCAGUCGCAGCUGUUGAACUGUGGGUCCACACAGGGUUCUGCUGUCAGUCAGACUAGUCCUGCCCAGUUGAGGCAAAUACAGGUUACCUGGAACGCCCCGAAGGCUGCACCCUCCGCUGUGCAGUUUCUAGUCACAGUGGUUCAGAGCUUCUACGUGUUCUGGGUAAAAGUCCCGAGUCAAGUGGCAUCGCUGACUGGAGCGAGUCCUCAAACACCAGCCCCAGGGAUGACUGUCACCCCCGGCUCCAUGUUGCCUGCUCCGUUCAGUGCAGCGGGAUGUGGCAGCACGAUGUCAUGCCUCAGGUAUCCAGUGGGCUGUGACCCGCAAUCUGACCCACAGUGUUUCUACCUCUCAUUCGCCUCCAAUGGUCAGGCUGUUCAGUUCCAGCUCAGCGGGCCUGCCCCGGGAUACGUCUCCUUCGCCCUGUCCUUGGACCAGUGGAUGGGGAACGAUGAUGUGUACUUAUGUGUCCAGAAUGGGAACCUUGUGGAGAUCAGUGCUGCUUAUGCAAAGGGCCGGACUUACCCAGAACCAGCGUCUAUGCCUGUGCUGUCAAAUAUGGCGUGGAGGUUAUCCAAUGGGGUCGUCCAAUGCAGCUUUCUCAGAAACAUUAGCAUCCCUGCCGACCAAACCAGGUUUAACCUGAAUGAGAGCUACUACAUAUUUAUAGCAAACGGAGGAGCUGAUUUUGGUGCGAUUUCCAAGCACGAUCUCCAGCCCCUUGUUUCCAAUGGGCUGAAGUCCAUCACUGGAUUGCCUGAGAAUUUUAGCGGUUCACGAUCCUCGCUGUUGAUAAAGUUUCAUGGGGCCUUGAUGCUCAUCGCCUGGUUGACUAUGGUGACCACUGGGAUCAUUGUUGCGAGGUUCUUCAAGGCAGAAUGGCCCAGUAACACCCUGUUUGGGCAGAAGGUUUGGUUCCAGGUGCACCGUGGGCUAAUGACGCUGACUGUGUUGCUGUCCUGCAUUGGCUUUAUCCUCCCAUUUAUCUACAGAAAAGGCUGGAGUGACGAUGCGGGGGCGCACCCCUACCUGGGCUGCAUCGUCCUGGCCCUCGCUAUCCUGCAGCCUGUGGGGGCGACCUGCCGUCCGCACCCCAACGCCCCACGGAGAUAUAUAUUCAACUGGCUUCAUUUUGGUGGAGGUAUUACUGCACAGAUAUUGGCUGUGGCGACCAUCUUCCUCGGUGUCCAGCAGCAAACGCUACUCUUGCCCACGGCCAGUUCCAACGGCGUGCUCGCUGGAAUCAUCUGCUGGGCCGCUCUCACUGGUCUGGUGCUGGAGGUGCACAGAAGAGGCCUAAUUAAGUUCGGGAGGGAAUCACCCAUGUAUGAAGCCGGAUCAUCUUCUGAGUCUAAGGAGAGCCUGUUUAAAAAGCUGGUUCUGAUUGGCUUCCUCGCUGGAAACAUGGCUUUCAUCAUCACUCUUUUAUACCUCAUAAGCUGUGUGUGACCAAGGCCUCUAUUCCACAACAACCAUCCUACCUCCGUCUGAAUUAUCCUGCGUCUGAGUUAGUGGAUUAGGAAUCUGUGCCUUUUUCAGGAUGGCUGUGGGUUCAAGUCCCAUGGCUGCCAGGGAAAUCAUAUCAUUGUUGGGUUUUUGAUCAAGGCCCUUAACUGGCUGACCUUUUACUUUAAUCAUCACAUAUUUUUUGCUUGGGGCAAAGGCGAGAUAAAUGUAUGUAUUUUAAAACGGGUAAAAAAAUAUAUAUCUGAGUGAUCUUAGGUCUGUUAGAAAUGCUUCAAACUGUAAAGGGCUAAAAUUAUAUGGAAGAAUAUUAUUGUUUCAGUUCGAAAAGACAGUACAGUUAUAAAAUAGUCUAAAAAUGUAUAACUCAUAUACAGCUUUGGAAAAAAUUGAGACCACACCAUAUUUUUUAAGAAUCUGCAUUGUUAAAUCCUGGUGCUGCUGGCUGAGGCUACGCUGUGAGACAGGCUGCUUCCAGGCUCAGUAUAAGGUAGCAGGACACAAGAACGAGGUGAAGCAGGAGACACUGAGAACGACCAGAAACCAGCCAGGUAGAGGGCAGAAGUGACUCUCUAAUGUCAGAGAUGACCGUCAACUUGUCCGGCAGUGCCUCAUGAAUCAGAGGAUGAGAUGAAGUGACCUUCAAAGGGAAUGGGAAAUAUUGAAUGGAGUGAAGUGCACUGCUAGGACAAGUUAGUAUCGGGCUCCUGGAAGCAAGACUGAAGAGGAAGCAAGGAAGAAGCCCUUCAUUGAGAAGCAGGGAAGACUCAGGCUUAGUGAAGUAUAUGACUAAUCACCAAAAUAGGCUCAUAUGUACCUAUCAAUUGCGAAAUGAGUGAAACUGUCUCUUGUUUUUUUCCCAGAGGGUUUCAAAUCCAUAGCACAGAAUGACCACUGUAUUGUAAGGUUUCUAGAUCCAUCUUUAUUUUAUUUAUAACACUAAAUGGUUGAAAAUACAAGAGCAGAAAAAACAGCUAAAAGGACAGUAAUUAUUAUGCUUUUAAACAUAAAACAUAUUUUGUGCUCAUUACCCAAAGCCAGCUAUACUAGCAAACUGAACAGAACUGUCUGCAAAAGCCAUAUUCAACAACAGCCAUAUAUAAGUCAAUGAAACAACCUCUCUCGGUGGUUACAUAAUUUCAUAUUUAAUAAAUUUUAAAAUGAGCCAUAUAGAUGGCAUAGAACAGUAGCAUCUUUAAUUUUUGUGCUAAAUCAAAGGCAGCACUCAAAGAACACUGAUUGGCACCAGAAAUACUUGUUUUGAUUGCUGAUUUUGUUUAUAUACAGGUGGGGUCUUCAUAUGUUAAUAAGGGCAUUGAUAACCAUUGGUGACCUCUGAACCUGGCAUGAAGUUGACGUUAAUUUAAGAUCUAAACAGAUCUAAAUCGGUGUAGCCUUUUUCAUGUUUGAUUUGGGCCUUUUCAGCUGCACUGCAGCAUUAGAAUUGCUGGCUGACCUUUCCCAAAACUCACCUGGAGAAGAGUACUUUUUUUCCCCUUUCAAAAUCUCCAUCCCCCGCUCAUUAUUUGACCGAGCCUUGGCUUCCCCUCUACGUGACCAUUUCAUGUGAGCUGGUCACUUCCUUUAAUUCCCUUAAGUUCAUUACUACUGUCGGAAUUUCCAUCACAAAUGCAUCCACAGUCUUCAUGCGGCGUACAGGUUGAAGCUCAGCACACACAGAGGACAGCCCUAAAAAUCCAGCAGAGAUCAAAACAACAAAACACAGCCCUUCAUUCAUGUAUGCCAGUUAUGCAGAAUCAAGGUUUCAGCAUGCAAAAUGACACUAGCAAAAUUAAAAAAAGAGUAACCGUUCCUCUCCUUAUUUUAUCGAAAUUCAAUUGGUUUGCUUUUUGAAAACUUUCUACUCGGAAACAAGAUUUUCGUCUGAAAAUAGCCCAUGUAGCUAUAUGUUGAAAGCACUGCCACAAUAGGCUGUCCUUCAUCUAAAGCUGGGAAAUUAAAGCUUAUGACACGUACCCUGCCCCCCCCAAAAAAAAACAAAUCCCCAUGAACAUAUUUUCUUAUCUGUGUCUCUCUAUCUGCGGUUAACAAUAUAGAACAAUUAACUAUUUGCCUUGAAGAUAAAUAAUUGCAAUAUAAAAUAGCACUCCAUUUUUGUACAGUUCUUUCAUUAUUUCCAAGUAUUUUCAAAACAAAACAACUAUUUAUUUAUGGGAUACCACGGGAAUCCAGUUUUUCACAUUUUCCCCCACAUUGUAAGGUCCAUGUGUUGUAAAUUCUCAUAAUACUCUGACCAAUAAAGACUUGUCUUAUUAAAAAUUA